AUGAGCAACCCGUCGGGUCAGGGGCAAGCAUGCAAGUCAACAGAGACAUCUAUAGGAAGGAUCCUCCUCCGUGCAUGUGCGAACGUUUGUAUGAUCGCUCGGAUCACAACUUUCAAGCUCGCAUGCUUGUGCUCCCGAGUUGUGCUCGAAGUGUUGGAUGUGCUGUUGUACAUGAUGCAAGGGGUCAAGAGGUUGUGUGCACGGUGGGGAACGAGCAAGAGAGCACGGAAGAGUGUCUGUAUCAUCGGAGGAUCGUUCGGCGGGUUGUCAUGCGCCAGGAACUUGAUGGAUGACUUCAACGUCACCGUCAUCGACCAACGAGAUUUCUUCGAGUACACCCCUGGGGUACUUCAGCUCCUUGUGAAGCCGAGCAUGUUCAAGGACCUCUGCUUCCCGCUGAGCCUGCUCGAGGGGGUGAACUUCUGUCAUGGGACUGCCGUCGACGUUCACGAUGGCUCGGUGGAUUUCCUUCCUCACGGGAGCGGAGAAGCGCAGCGGGUCAAGUUCGACUUCCUCAUCCUCGCCUGCGGGAGUAACUACAGUGAGGGCAUCAAGCCGGAUCCCAGGGAGUUCGGGAUGCAGCAGAGGGAGGAAGGAUGGAGAGCCCGAGCAGAGGAGGUGGCCAAGGCUUCCAGUGUCCUCGUCGUGGGUGGGGGGCCGGUGGGCGUGGAACUUGCGGCUGAGAUAGUAGAGAAGUUUCCUUCCAAGUCAGUCACCCUGGUAGAUGCACAUCAGAGUCUGUGCGAGACUUUCGCCUCCUCCUCCUCCAAGAGGUACAUGUUGGAGUGGCUGACCCGCCGCAACGUGCGAGUCCUCCUCGGCCACCGCUGCAUCCCGCAAGGCAGCGACGGGGCAGUUAGAACCUUCCUCGUCGGGGAAGAGACUGUCAGGGCUGAUCGGGUGUACUGGUGCCUUGGAGGCAGACCCAUGACGGGUUUCCUAAAGGACUCAAAGAUGCGGUUCACGCUGAAAGACGACGGCUCGAUCCUUGUAUCUGACCACCUUCUUGUAUACAAUAAGAGCAACAUCUUUGCUGUCGGGGAUGCGAUCAGCAUCGACGGGUUGCCGGAUGAGAAGCUUGGUCACACAGCAGAAAUCCAGGCCAAGCUCGUCUGUAACAACAUCAGAUCUUCGCUUACGGGAUCGAGAAUGCAUCAUUACAUCCCGAGUCUUGAGAGCAGGAUGUACUGCCUGUCUCUCGGGAAGUACUCCGGAUCAGUGAGGUUGGGACACUUCACCCUCAACGGCUUCGUCGCUGCGCUCCUCAAGUGGGGGAUCGAGUGGUGA